AUGGUUCGAGCCGCCGGUUUGGUGCUUGCUUUGAAGAAGCCGGCCGAAGAAGCCAAAUUCCUGCUCCUCCAAGCGUCAAAAGCGCCUUUCCACUGGUCUCCGCCGAAAGGACAUAUCGAUGAAGGUGAGCAAGACCUCGACGCUGCCAUUCGGGAGACAGAAGAAGAGAGUGGAUACCGAAGAAGUCAAUUUAAAGUGCACGAGGACACGAGGCACGAAAUUACCUACAAGAUCACCCAAUCGGUUGCCCAUCCCGAAGAUGUCGGCAAGACGAAGACGGCCAUUUAUUGGCUAGCUGUGUUGAGCACUAACUCUGAGGCCGUCGUUUCCGAGGAGCACACAAAUGCCAAAUGGGUUUCUGUUGAGGAAGCGAAAUCGCUGAAUGACCUACCUGGUAUGGCCGAGCUAUGGGACCGGUAUGCAGCCAUUCUCGGAACACAA